AUGCGACGGCGUACGUCACCAUCGCCCUCGGCCUAUAGGGUACAUCAGUCUCAUCAACAUGGACAAGUCGCCAAUGCCGGACACGGCCCUGGUGGCCAGCCGGUGUCAACCUCUUCCCUUUUGAGGUCAUUCAAUGUCGAAACGAACCCCACGCGACCCAUGCGGCCCAGUCCUCUGACUGCUUCGACAAUUCGGGAUAUGCCGCUUGACCUUGUCGACCGAAUUAGAUCCUUCCCUCUAUUCAUGUCCGCACCCGAUGAAUUCCUCGCCGCUAUAGGAAAGCACCUCAGACCACAAGUCCACGCCCCCCACGACCACAUCCUGACAGAAGGCGAUGAGGCAAGAGCAAUGUACUGGCUCGUGCGAGGUGUGGUGGCGGUCACGUCGCGCGAUGGUGAGGCGGUCUAUGCGGAACUCAAGCCAGGGGCUUUCUUUGGUGAAAUCGGCGUACUCAUGGACAUGCCUCGCACCGCGACCAUCAUCGCUCGCUCGAAAUGCUUGCUCGUUGUUCUCAAGAAGGAGGACCUGCAAACCGAACUUCCCCGCUUUCCUGACAUGGAGCAGGCCAUCCGACAAGAAGCCCAAGAGCGCCUUAAUAUUCUCAAGAAGAAGCAACAAGAGCGGGCAGGCGGCCAUGUCAAGUUGAUAGACAAGAGCAAAGCCAGGGAGGCCGCGCCUGGAGAGGUAGCUACGGGCGAGACUGGGAGCAUCGCAGAACGAUUUGUAGUGAACAGGAAGAAGCGCAAGUCACCUAGUCCCGGUAUCAUUGAAGACCCAGCAGUGGGUGGCAGCGCCCUAGGCAGCGGAUACGUCAACGUUCGGAAGACUCUCACAGAGCUGCCGCUCUUUUCGGCCCUUCCGUCCGACAUCCUUCACUUCCUGGGGCUGAGUGCGAUACCGAAAUCCUUCCCACCAUUCACCGAUAUCAUACAGCAAGGUAGCCAAGGAAACGAGAUAUACUUUGUCGUUCGUGGUGAAGCCGAGGUCAUUCAUGAGGACGCGGCCGGACCAACCACUCGAAGGGCGACACGGACUUCAUACGUUAGACCCAGACUUCACCAAGGACAGUACUUUGGCGAGGUUGCCAGUCUUGGACUGUCUCCGGGACGCACGGCCACAGUGAGGUCAAUCACGACGGUGGAAUGCUUGGUGAUAAGCGGUCAGGCACUGGAGGAGUUGUGGAGACGCUGCCCACCAGAGUUGAAGCUACAGGUUGAAGAGACGGCCCGUAUGCGAUAUCAACAGCAGAAGAAGGAGGAGGAAGACGUCGAGAUGGAAGACGCGGGAAAUGAUGACGCCGAAACACAAGGCCCACCCAGAACUCCCACAAAACAGCUGUUGCCUCAAGUAACCUUCACAACACCAUCGAAACCUACGUCACCCAGCAAGCAUGAAACUGAGACUCAUCAACCGACAGAUCCAGACCCAUAUCUCAGUGUGGACAUGGAGAACAUGCGGAACCGUCGCAGAAAUUCAUUGGCGCCUCCCACCCCGCAGACAGAACCGUCGUCACCUGCAAACUCCGAUGGAGUCAAGAACCACAUGGUUGUUGACUCCAGCCCUCUAAAGCCAUUCUCAUUCCCUACACCGCCGCCCCCGGAUGACGAAGAGCACGUUCCCUUCAAAAAGGCUCGGACGAUACCUCGUGAGCUAAGCGGGGCAUCAGAAGAUCGCGGCGACGGCUCCCUUCCAGACGGUAUCCUAAUCUCGAUAUUUGAACAUUUAGAUCUUCUCGAGCUCCUUCGACUUCGUGCCGUCAGUCGCCACUGGAAAGAGGUCUUGACGACGUCAUCGAGACUCUGCACACACGUGAACCUGGCACAAUACAGCCGGAGAAUAAACGACUGGUGCAUCAUCAAUGUUCUGGCACCUUUCAUCGGGCCUAGACCCCUGUCUAUCGACAUCAGCAACUGCUUUCAUCUUUCUGAUGAGGGCUUUCAAGCACUAUGGAAGAGUUGCGGCCGAAACGUAAAGACCUGGCGCAUGAAGUCAGUCUGGGAGGUUUCGGCUGGCCAGAUCCUGGAGAUGAGUGAUAAUGCCAAGGAACUUGAGGAAAUAGACUGGAGUAACUGCCGCAAAGUUGGCGACAACUUGCUGGCGAGGGUAGUCGGUUGGGUGGUCCCACAUCCCCCUUCGCCGACGGCGAACACUACGAUAGGGCCUGGUGGCAAAGCUGUCGUUUCGAGGUCGCGAUCUGCCAAGCAGGCGCACACACAAAACCAGCCGCCACCUAACAUGCCUCCUCCUGGGACGGUUAUCGGGUGCCCGAAGCUCCGCAAGCUUGAUCUCAGCUACUGCAAACACAUCACUGACAGGUCCAUGGCGCAUCUCGCUGCGCACGCGUCGAAUCGACUCGAGUCGCUCUCAUUGACGCGAUGCACUUCAAUCACUGAUCAUGGUUUCCAGGCCUGGGCAGACCAUCGUUUGAAUGUUUUGAGUCGCCUGAGUUUGGCUGAUUGCACAUACUUGUCGGACAAUGCCAUAGUGGCCCUGGUCACAGCCGCCAAAAACCUCACUCAUUUGGACCUUUCAUUCUGCUGCGCCCUGUCCGAUACGGCAACUGAAGUGGUCGCCCUAGGCCUGCCGCAGCUUCGGGAGCUCCGGCUGGCGUUUUGCGGAAGCGCCGUGUCAGACGCCAGCCUGGGCUGCAUCGCACUUCACCUCAACGAACUCGAGGGUAUCAGCGUCAGGGGAUGCGUUCGUGUAACCGGCAUGGGCGUUGAAAACGUACUGGAAGGUUGCGGACGCCUCCGCUGGCUCGACGUCAGUCAGUGUAAGAACCUUGCCGGGUGGCUGAAUGGCGGGGGUGUCGAGCGAUGGGGAUUCGAUGACAGGGGAAGCCGUGCUUUGAGGUAUACCCAAAGUCCAGACGAGAUGACCUUUCCUCAUCUACACCAGGGCGCAAUGGUGCGCAAUUCGAGUUACCAGGGGUAUAUGGGCCCUGGCCUGCCUCCCCCGCAACGUUCGGCACGGGGUUCCUUCUCGGCGCCCGAAAGUGUUGGUCCCUCGGUCGCAGGAGGCUCCCCACGCGCAGCUACUUGGCAUCCUGGCAGGCGGCCCGGCAUGUAUACUCCACCAGGUGCUGGGUUUGGGCCCGUACUAAGACCGGUUGUGCUGCCGAAAGGGGUGGCCAAAGGAAGGAUCAAACAGCCUGUUCGGUUCAUUGUUGAGAAAGGCCAUGUCGGACUGAGGUGA